UUCGUAGCAGUGUUAAACGCGAUAUUCAGCUUGUACGAAUAUUACACGCGUCACAAUAUGCCCAUACCUUCGUGCAUUUAAAAUUCCAAAGAAAUGGGAAAUUUCCUUAAUUAUAAGUUUGCUGGUUCAAAACUGAUUAAGGAUUGCGAUACGCAACUAUGUGUUCAAGUCGAAUGCGAAGAUUUCAAGAAAGUAAAAGAAAUUUGGUUGGCCGUGGAAAAGGAUACGUCGCAUUAUGGAUUUGCAAUUUGUACUAUGCUUUUUAAAAAUCACCCGCAAUACGUAAAGUAUUUCGAAGAUGAAUCAAUUCCGGAAUUCGUCCAAGAAGCUAUAAUUAAAAAAAAAUUUAUUACUAUAUGUGACAUCAUAUGUGCCCUGUUUAUAAAUUAUUACGAUAAACCGUCUCGCAGAGAUUAUUUUCUUGGUUACAUCGCAAUGGUUCACAAGGACAUGGGAUUAACGUUUAAAGAUCUCGCAAAUUUUAUGUCAGAUCUAAUGGAAGCGUUAAUUACCGAGUUACCGUACUUAAUGACCGAGGAGUAUAUUGCGACGCAGACAAAAUAUUCUAACAAUGUAAUUGAGAUAAUGGUAGAACUUAUGGACAAUUAUGUUGAAAGGAUGUCACAAAUACUACGUACGAGAAAUGGAAUAAGAAAAUGUUAUGUGUGCAAACCUGAUCCAGAGUCACAGAUUGUAUAUGGUUUUCCAUUGAAAUAUUGGAUAUAUGGAAAACGAUAUUGGGAAUAUCGGAAAGCGAUGUGGGCAUCGAUGGAAGCAGAUAUGUUGACAAAUUCGACGGACGAUACUAAUGCAAGCAAUUUUCAAAGAAAAGAUUUUCAUCAUAAGAAACAAACAAAACCGAAAACACCAAAAAUAGCCAUAAGUUCGGAUAGUAACACGUUGUUGGAUCAACCAAGACAAAGAAGAAGAAGCAGUCGCAUCAGCCAGUCGACAAGAAUCUCGUUGUUACUAUCGAAACGAAACAAAGAAAGACAAGAAACUGAAAAAAACGUUAAAUCCAAAUUUUCUCCAAUGGAAUUUAUUCUGGAGGUAGACAAAUAAUCUUUGCUUGUAUUGCUUUUAUUAUAGAAAUGAUAGUUUAUUAUCUUGCAUGUAUAACACAUUAAUGUUAAAAAUAGACACAGUAUUGGUAAUAUCUUCUUCCUUAAGGUGGAAAGCGACCGUGAUGGCAAUAAUGAUCCGAUAAAUUUAAAUGGAGCAACUACGCAGAACCCAAAACAAUUUUCUGCGGAAUUGCAGGAAAGUAAAUAUAUAUUAUAUAUACAUACGUAUAUUAUUAUAUUUUAUUUUCAUAUCUGAUUUUCAUAUUUGAUUUUCAUAUUUUCCCUUUUAUUUCUUUAUCAACUGAUAUAAUCACGAGAUAAAAUUCUUACGUUAUAGAUACAAAUGCAAAGAUCGUGAACCAGACGGCAAGAGAACGUAAACGAAUGCGUCACUAUCUUACUCAUUUCAGUGUUUGAAAUUUAGCAUUGGCAUAUAAUAAAAUGUUUUUUAUUCUUUUUU